AUGGGCAUUCUAUUAAACGAAGAUUCCCGCAUUCUCGUCCAGGGUAUUACCGGACGGGAGGGCAGCUUUCACGCCCGCACCGGCAUGGCCUACGGCACCAACGUGGUGGCCGGAGUCACCCCGGGCCGGGGCGGCCAGCUAUUUGAAGACAAGGUCCCCGUAUUCAAUUCCGUGGAAGAGGCCGUGGCGGAGACCGGCGCCAACGUCUCCCUGAUUUUCGUGCCGCCCCCCUUCGCCCCCGACGCCAUCGUUGAAUCUGCCGACGCCGGUGUGCCCCUCAUCGCCUGCAUCACCGAGGGCGUGCCUGUGCAGGACAUGGCCAAGGUGGCCCGCUACCUGGAGCGCAAGCCCGUGCGGCUGAUUGGCCCCAACUGCCCCGGGAUGAUCAACCCCGGCGCCCGCUGCAAGGUGGGCAUCAUGCCCGCAAACAUCCACAUGCCCGGCCGGGUGGGCGUCGUAUCCCGCAGCGGUACCCUGACCUACGAGGCUGUAGGUCAGUUGACCAGCCUGGGCCUCGGCCAGUCCAGUUGCGUAGGCAUUGGCGGCGACCCCAUUGUCGGCACCAGCUUCGCCGAAAUCCUGCGCCUCUACAACGAUGAUCCCGACACCGAUAUCAUUGUCUUCAUCGGCGAGAUCGGCGGGACCAUGGAGCAGGAAGCCGCAGCUUACAUUAAGGAGUCGGUCACCAAGCCCGUCUGCACCCUGAUUGUCGGAGCCACCGCGCCUCCGGGCAAGCGUAUGGGCCACGCGGGUGCCAUCAUCACCGGUGACAGCGCCCGCGCCGAGGCCAAGAUCGAGGCCAUGCGCGAAGCCGGCGCCCACAUAAUCCCCACCCCCGCCGACAUAGGCGCCACCGCCCAGACGGUCAUGCAGGGCAUGGCCUAG